AUGCUUUUCUUAUCAUUAUCUUUUGAUUUUUCUUUUCUUUUCUUUCCACUGACGAAGAGAGAGUCUUUCAGUAUUAUCUUCUCUUUUAUCUUUUCUUCCUUUCUUUUCAUAAUUGAUUCCGGUUGUUUAAAUUCUUUUUUGUUUAUUCUUUUUUCUUCUUUUCUUUUCUUUCUUUCUUUUUUUCUUUCUUUUCUUUCUUUCUUUUUUUCUUUUUCUUUUCUCUAUUUUCUUUCUUUCUUUUAUCUUUUUUUUCUUUCAUUGUUUGCUUUCUUUCCAACUUAUUUCUUCUUUCUUUCAUUAUUUUUUAUUUCCAACUCCCAUUCAUUCCUUUCUUUCUUUCGUUGUUAUUUUGUUCCAAAUUACAUUCAUUCAUUUCUUUCUUUCUUUCUUUCUUCCUUUCUUUCUUUUCUCUUCUUUCUUUCUUUCUUUCAGUUUUUCCAAGUCUCAUUUCUUUCUUUUUCUUUCUUUCAGUCUUUCUUUCUUUCUUUCUUUUCUUUCUUUUUUCUUCUGUUUUCCUUUCUUUCUUUCUUUCUUUCUUUCUUUCAAUUUCUUUCUUUCUUUUUUUUUUCAUUUCUUUCUUUCUUUCUUUUUUGUCUUUCUAUCUUCAGAUAUUUCUUUCUUUCUUUCUUUCUUUCUUUCCAAGUCUCAUUUCUUUCUUUUUUUUUCUUUCUUUCUUUUUUUCAUUCUUUCUUUCUGUCUUUCUUUCCUUCCUUCUUUCUUUCUUUCUUUCCAAGUCCCAUUUCUUUCUUUUUCUUUCUUUCUUUCUUUCUUUCUUUCUUUCUUUCUUUCUUUCUUUCUUUCUUUCUUUCUUUCCAAGUCUCAUUUCUUUCUUUUUUUCUUUCUUUCUUUCUUUCUCUUUUUCCAAGUCCCAUUUUUUUCUUUCUUUCUUUCUUUCUUUCCAAGUCUCAUUUCUUACUUUUUUCUUUCUUUCUUUCAUUCUUUCUUUCUUUUCUUUCUUCCUUUUCUUUUUUCUUAUUUUCUUUCUUUCUUUCUUUCUUUCUUUCUUUCUUUCUUUCCAAGUCCCAUUUCUUUCUUUUUUCUUUCUUUCUGUCAUUCCUUCUUUCCUUCCUUCUUUCUUUCUUUAUUUCCAAGUCCCAUUUCUUUCUUUCUUUCUUUCUUUCUUUCUUUCUUUUCUUUCUUUCUUUCUUUCCAAGUUAUUUUCUUUCUUUCUUUCUUUCUUUCUUUUCUUUCUUUCUUUUUCUUUCUUUCUUUCUUUUUCCAAGUCUCAUUUCUUUCUUUGUUCUUUCUUUCUUUCUUUCAUUCUUUCUUUCUGUCUUUCUUUCCUUCCUUCUUUCUUUCUUUCCAAGUCCCAUUUCUUUCUUUCUUUCUUUCUUUCUUUCUUUCUUUCUUUCUUUCUUUCUUUCUUUCCAAGAUUUUUUUAUUAUUGUCUUUCUUUCUUUUUCUUUCUUUCUUUUUUUCUUUCUUUCUUUCUUUUAUCUUUCUGUCUUUCUUUCUAUUCAUGUAUUUAAUUAUCGAUGCCAUUUUUGGUUUUAUUAUUACAUCAUUCUUUCCUUUUUCUUUCUCUUAUUUUAUUCGUAA